AUGUCACUCGACUGCCCCAUAAAUGAGUCUGGUCGCCUAACAUCUGUGGUGAGUGCCUUUGGCCCAAACUUGCAAACAUCAAAUCUCCUGCCUGGACCCGUAAAUUCCGCGAGCGGGCUCUCUCUGCUGCCCCAAAUGCCAGAACGACCUGCUCUUCCCAUCGCACCUCCGCCUCCUCCCGGUCCUCCACCUCCUCUACCUCCAAUUGGCGCAAAUUCAAUGGCUUCGGCAAUAACAACUCAAUCCUUCCAGAGUAUUCCUCACUCGCCCUUGUCUAGCCCUGGACAGGCACUGACGUCGACCGACUCUAUGCCGCGCUUCGUCAGCGCAUUGCCAGCUCCUGCCACUGGGUCUUCCGUCUGUUCAUAUUCUGCCACUAGCCGAUCCUACCGACCGAAUGAAAUUUCCCCUCAUGAGGCCUGCCAAAUGGGGACGAGAACGACAGCAGGUGGAUCUUUUGGACUAUCUUGCCUUCCUGAGCGGAAAGCCCGUGAUGUCUCGAUACCCCGAGUAGAAGUUGAAGAUCCCCAGAAGAGUCCAUUAAUUCCACCUCCUUUGCCACCAGCGCCUAGCAGACAUGUCCCUGGUGUCACUUAUCCUUCUCAAAUGCCCAAGGGACCUUUUGAUUUGGCCUCUUGCGACUUCAAUGAGACUUCACUUCCUCCUCCCCCACCAUUGCCAAAGAGAUUGGCCACUCGGAAAUCGGUGCAGCCAAGGCUUUAA